ACAGAAACUGACGGUGGAGGAGGACUGAGUAUAAAACGCUUCUGACACUCAGUAAAAGCAGCUAGUGCUGUAGCUGACGACAGCGGGAAGCGGAGUCAUGGAGCCAGAGCAGAUCAGAGAGGGGUACCUGGUCAAAAAGGGCACGUUGCUGAACUCCUGGAAGGCGGUGUGGGUGGUGCUGUCGGAGGACGGGGUGGAGUUCUACAAGAAGAAAACCGACAGCUCCCCCAAAGGCAUGAUCCCCCUGAAGGGAGCCACGCUCACCAGCCCCUGCCAGGACUUUGGCAAGAGGACGCUCGUUUUUAAGAUCACCACAGCGAAGAAGCAGGACCAUUUCUUCCAAGCCUCGCAUGUGGAGGAGAGGGAGGUGUGGGUGAAGGACAUCAAGCGAGCCAUCAGCUGCCUGCAGGGGGGGAAACGGUUCGCCAGGAAGUCCACGAGGCGCUCCAUCCGCCUGCCGGACAAAGUCAACCUGACGGAGCUGUACACGCUGAUGAAGGACCAGGAUGACGGCGUGAGAGAGUUGAAGCUGGAGCAGGACAGCCGCAUCUUCAACCACUGCUUCACCGGUGCCACGGUGGUGGAGUGGCUGGUUUCCCAGCAGAAGGCCAGAAACAGGCCGGAGGCGCUCAUGCUGGCGGCCGGGCUCCUGAACGAGGGGUUCCUGCAGCCAGCCGGGGACCGGGCGAAGGAGGGCGCCGAGGGCGGGGAGCAGACGGCCUUCCUCGACGACACCAGCGCGCUCUACUACUUUGCCGACAGCGGCUUCUUCUGCGAGGGCUACUCCAGCGACGAGGAUGUGCUGGUGAAGGAAGAGUUCAGAGGAAACAUUCUAAAGCAAGGCUGUUUACUCAAACAGGGGCACAGGAGAAAGAACUGGAAGGUGCGGAAGUUCAUAUUAAGAGACGAUCCUGCUUACAUGCAUUAUUACGACCCCUCAAAGGGGGAUGAACCUCUGGGCUCCAUCCACCUCCGCGGGUCUGUGGUCACGGCGGUGGAGUACGUCCCCGAUGCCAAGAAGUAUGACAUCGACGGCAACCUGUUUGAGAUCAUAACCUCAGACGAGACGCAUUACUUCCUCCAAGCUGCAACGGGUGAAGAAAGAAAGGAGUGGAUCAAAGCAAUACAGGCCGUGUCGAAGGUUGGGAAAUAGCACAAAGGGCAGAGUAGCGCUAGCGUCACCGCCAGGCACAUCUGAGCGUAUUGUAACAUGUCAGCAGCAGCGGUGCCGCCUGUCUACAGUCAGUAAGUAGGUACGAGGUUAAAACGGAAGGAGCAAAGCAGUGACACCCUUUAUGGGGCCGAAGGGAAAAGACUGAUGGUGAUAAUGUUACAUAUGCUGUGUGAAGAGUGGAACAUGGGAUCAUUACUAUUAUGGAAAGUACACAACUAAUAAAACUAUUCAUAUUUUAAUAAUAACAGUUGCUUUUAGCAGCACUUGGGAUUAUUUUCUAUUGUAAGAAAAAAAGUGUGACUGAUAAUCAAACAAUAAAGGUAAUAACAGAACGUUACUACUAACGGCGACAUUAAGUUAUUAAUCAGUGUUAGCCUAGUUCAAAAUGUACAUAUCAGUAAAGCCUCCAUGUGUAUUAUCCUGAAUACUGUAUUAACCCGCAUGACUGUAAUCAAUGAGGUAGAAUGAAAAAUAAAUGCAUUUUUAUAUUAA